ACGACAGCUUGCUUUGCGCAAGAGGAGCCCAUGGAGGAAGUGAAACUGACGACGUCUCUCUUCCCUGGUGCGUCUUAGCGCCGCUCUGUUGCAAGCUGCCCCUUGGGUUCCAGACUCUGCAGCAGAAGGAGAGGAGAUGGGGGUGACCUACUCCUUAGGUCUGCCCCAUGGGAAGGGGCCACACGCGGUCGGCUGCACGGAUGUGAUGGUGGGACAGAGCCAAAAGGGUCUCUUCUUCCGCUUGUUCUAUCCCUCCGUCUCACAAGAGGGGGCGGAACAGCCCUUCUGGAUUCCCCGCUAUGAGUAUUACUGUGGACUGGCUGACUACAUGAAUAUGAACCGGAAAUGGUGUGCCCCAUUGCUCAGCAUGACCUUUGGAUCCUGUCGAAUCCCUGUGAGCUGGGACACCCCUCUGAAAUCGAGUGGCAACAAGUACCCUUUGAUCAUAUUCUCCCAUGGGCUAGGAGCCUUCCGAACCGUUUACUCUUCUAUCUGUGCUGAAAUGGCUUCCCGGGGGUUUCUGGUGAUGGCGCUUGAACACAGAGAUCAUUCUGCGUCUGCCACUUACUUCUGCAAGCUGCAAUCUGAAACAUCGAACGUCCCUGAGGCUCCGGUGCAAGAAGAAUGGCUCUCCUAUCGAGGGGUGCCAAAAGAUCAGAAGGAGUUUCGCUUCCGAAACCCACAGCUCCAUCACCGAGCGAACGAGUGCAUACGGGGGUUGAAGCUGAUCCGCAGCAUCAGUGGCGGCAAGGCAGCUGCCAACCUCCUGCACACAGACUUUGAUCUGUCUUCGCUGAAGGACAGUGUGGAUUUGUCCAGAGUGGCUGUUAUGGGGCACUCAUUUGGAGGUGCGACAGCAAUCCUCGCCCUGGUGAAAGAGGCACAAUUCAAGUGCGCUGUUGCCCUUGAUGCCUGGAUGUUCCCUUUGGAGAACUCUCUCUACCUGAAAGUGACCAAGCCGGUUCUUUUUGUCAACACUGAGACUUUUCAGACUGUGGAUAGCGUGGCCAAAAUGAAAAAGAUCUGCUCCAUGAAUAACGAGACCAAAAUCAUCACUAUCUUGGGCACCGUCCACCAGAGCCAAACCGACUUCACCUUCCUUGCGGGGAAUCUCAUGAACAGAGUCUUCCAGACAAGAGGCACCCUCAAUCCUUAUGAAGGACUCGACAUCACUAACCAGUCUGCCCUGGCCUUCCUACAGAAACAUCUCCAGCUGAAAGAAGAUUUUGACCAGUGGGAUGGUCUUCUGGAAGGUGUUGGGAAUGCCGUCAUUCCAGAUGGACCGCUGCAGAAGUCCAGCAUGUAGACAUAAAAGACAAAAUGUUUCUGAGCAUCCAGUGUACCCUGGAUUGGGGGGAAGAAAGCAUUCUCUUAUAUACAAAAGCAGUCUGGAUUUAACACCUUAACCAACUUCAUGGUGGAUCCGCUGCUGUGGUGCUUUGGCCAUCCUGUAGCUCACAUAAACAUGCCAUUCAGUCCUCUGGCACUACAGACAGGAAGAUGCUGUAGACAAUAGGGCAGAUCUGUCUGCAUCUCUGUGGCUUUUGAGGAGGAGCAAUAAUAAGGAUUGUUGUUCAAAACACAAUCUGUUGGGGACUCUCUCCUGUUUUAGCUCUCAUUGGAAUGACAAGGCAGGUGAGUGAAA